AUGCUGAUCAGUACCCCAAGCAGUUACAAACAGAUCGUCAACAGCAAGGCCCAGAUCGUGAUCACAACGUGGAACACUAUCGACAAGGCAGUUGACGCCAGCAAGCGCGGUGUCAUGGGUGCCGCUAUUUCAGACAAGGGCGUUCGUUAUGCAGAGCUAUUUUGUGCACGCCGAUGUUCAUAUCGGCGAGCCAAUUGA